AUGAUUCCGCUUCAUUUCACGACACUCCUCCUCGUCGGGUUGGCACAGCUCGACAUUGUCGCAGCGCAAAAAGGAUGCGGCAAGGCCCAAGAGAGCGCAGUCAAAAAUAUGCGUUUCCGUAUCUCAUACACUUCUUCGACGAUGGACACUAUCGCUGUAUCCGCUUGGAGCGGUGGCGGAGGUCCGAGGCGCGCAAUUCCCUCGAAUGCAGCCUCUGGUCCAUUUUCCGGUCGCGAAUAUGGUGGAGGUGAUCGCCAUACCAUCUAUGGCACUCGUGCGUAUGGAAGCGGGUAUCCGUACGGUGCGGAUAAUGCCAAUUCGGUGGCCGGAAGGCCUUUUCCUUAUGGUGUAUGGCCCAUCUCGUGGGGACCGAGUUAUCUAGGCGGCGGAGAAUAUUUUUCCGCUUCCUCUUCAAACAAUGGUGGAGAUUUAGACCUGGACUUUUUACGUCCUGGAGGUCCUGUGGGGGUGGUCAAGCUCGCUCCAGAUACGAGUCAUUGGAAUGGAGUUGAUGCGAACGAGGUGUAUGAGAUGAUUGGAGAUAGGGAAUCCCUAAUGUUCAUGAUGGCCGACCUCGUCGACUGGUGUCACGCCCAGCCCCAAUUAAUCCGCCGUUUCAAUCCUUCCGCCGCCUCCAACAACACUCAACCGCAACCAGAGAACGUCCUUCAGUACUACCGCGCCAGCUCGUUCGCCAUCGCUUACUCUGGAUAUAACAACACUUUCGCUCUUGGCUCGUCAAAUCCCACUACAUCCCAAUCCUUUGCCGACUCUUCCCCUCUCCCAUCACAAAUCGCCAACUCUGCGUUUUUGCAAUGUAUCAACAGUACAAUCGCAAACGCACUCCCUAUCGCCGACUCGGUCGACACCAAAGAAAAGGGGAUCACGAGUGGUGCGAUUAUCGGAAUCGUAUUUGGAUCGUUUGUGGGUUCGUUGCUGAUAUACUUGAUUGGCACCUUGGCUUGGGCGAGUAUCGCCGAGUGGCGCGAGAAUAGGGCGGAGAGCAUCCCUAUGGUUGACCAAGAGACGAUUGAGCGGAUUGUGCAGGAGGUGAUACAAGAGGAAAAUGACCAGCAUGGGAAGAAGGAGGAUGAGAACGAGGAUACGGCCUCGUCCACCCAUAAGAAGGCCGAGAAUACAGUUUACGUUUGA